GGCGGCUACGCGAAACGGUCGAUUAAAGACCGUCAAACGGGAUCAGCAUCGGUAUCAGUCCGCUUUAAAUUAGCGGGAAUGAUCAUAGAGGCGUGAAUUAUAUACGAAAAGCUGCCAAAAACUUGUGUGUCUAGUUGAGAGUAAAGAAAGCUUAGUUUAUAGUUUAUCGAACUUAUUUGGAUAACCAUUUGAUAUGGCGGUCAAAGAAGUCGCAAUCUACUUGCUCAUCGGUUCGGUUUGGUUGACUAUGACAAACGCAUCCACGGAAUAUAAUCGUUAUGUGACGCAGAUAUUCCGAAAGUACGGCAGUGGAGAUACCAUUAGCUUUGAGGGUCUUGAACAUUUAAUGCACAGCUUAGGGCUGGGGAACAUAAAUUUCGAUGCUUCGCACAACAUUGAGGAGCACCGACCCCAGGGUUACAAUUACUCCAACGAGAAAAUAGUGGAUAUACAGUCUGGCAAUAUUGAACACCCCGUUGAGGUUCAACUGUCCAGCCAUAACUUGGAGAACAAUCCAGUCAACAACACUAAGCCCAGCAAUAUUUCCAGAUCUGAUGAAUUUCGCGAAAUGCAUGAUCCCAAGCAUCGGCAUACGCGGGAGAGCAGUGUUUCCGCAGACGGUAAACGAACGCCUGCAGCCUUGUGUCUUUCACCAAAGUCACUGCUCUCUUUGAUUGUAAAUCACGAUGAUCUGCACACAGAUUCACUGUAUGAACGGAUAGCUAAGACAGGCAAUCAUAAUUCGGAAGAGGAGUACAACGAGUUCAUCAACAGUGUGCUUAUCACGCCUAAUGCAUUUCUGAAGCUCUGCCCCGCCCUCCUCUCACAGAUCGACAAUGGAGUUUGCAGACAGCCGGCACAACCACAUAAUGAUCAUGAUGAAAAGAAAGACAAGAUUUGGUAUGCCUGGAUUUACGCCACCAUCUCAAUGUUUGUGCUCUCAGCCUGCGGACUGCUUGGAAUCCUGCUGGUGCCACUUAUGAAGACGGUCGCCUAUCAGGAAAUCCUCAAGUUUCUGGUCGCCAUUGCGGUGGGCACAUUGGCCGGAGAUGCAUUUAUGCACUUACUCCCGCAUGCGCUCUUUAAAGAGGAGAAACACGAGCAUGCAAUGGAUACUCUGAAACUGACGGCAGCCGAUAAUACCCACAAGCACAGUAAUGAGGCCGCGCUCUUGUGCGGAUGUGCCUUUUUAGCAGCGCUCUUUAUGUUUAUGUUGGAGAACAUUAUUCCACUGCUGAAGGGCGAUAAGCACGGACAUGGACAUGGACAUGGUCAUGGUCAUGGUCAUAGUCAUAGUCACAGCCAUUCGGAGAGGACACAAUCAACACAGGAGGCACCUGCUUCUCCUCCACGUGAGUUGAGUGUCAUGCUGAAUGAAAAGAAACUUGACAAGAAGUCGCCAGAUGCUCCAUUGACACCGAUCGCAUUCAUGGUCAUCAUUGGGGAUGGAUUGCACAAUCUCACCGAUGGACUUGCCAUCGGAGCCGCCUUCGCCAGUGAUCCCGUAGCGGGACUAGCCACAGCUAUUGCCGUCCUGUGCCAUGAACUACCCCAUGAACUUGGUGACUUUGCGUUGCUCUUGCAGACUGGAGUCUCCAUACGUCGGGCAGUUUACAUGAACAUAGUCAGCUCGGUGCUGAGCUUUGUGGGAAUGUCCAUUGGCUUGUUACUGGUCGGUAUCGGGGAUGGCAUGACGCAAUGGAUCUAUGCGACGACAGCCGGUUCCUUUUUAUACAUUGCCUUUGCGGAUUUGGUACCCACAAUGAGCGUUGCUCAUUAUCCAGAACUGGCGCGUGAUCCAAAGAGUAUAUUUAUUCAGAUCUUAGGUAUUUUCUUGGGCGGUGCAAUAAUGUUAGUUAUUGCUCUCUACGAGCAUGAUUUAGAAGGUAUAUUCAAAAGCUUUGGCUCAUAUUAGAUGCACCUUGAAUUGCGACAAUGUGUAGGGAAUCUCAAUGAAAAAUACAAGCUUAAAGUCAAUUACAAACAAAAUAUAAUUUGACUGAAAUUUCACCUAUUAUUUAAACUUAUCCACUUGUACAGUCAAAUAGAACAAAACACAAAUACACAUUGUUGGAAACGAAACUAAUUGAUAUAUAAAUAUGUAUUAAUGGACUUGCAUGAGAGAUACUAUUUUAUUUCAGAAAUAAUAGAAAUGGAAAUUGUUGUGCAUAAGCCAUUUAUGUACAGAAAAUACAUAAAUUAGAAUCUAAAUAUGUGUAUGUAUUUCAUUAAAGUUACAAUUAUUAAAAUUAAAAUUGUAUUUUAGCUGAUAAGAGUCCGACUUUAAGCCCAUUUAGUGUAAGAAAUUGAUCUUUAAUGAUUUAUAUGUGUUGUAACAAUUACUAGAUACUAGCCUUAUAUAUUUAAGAACCUCGUGUUAAUGGAAAAUUCUUAAGUUUUUUUUUAGAUUUAAGAUAACUGCAUUUGUUGUUGUUCCUCAAAUGGUUCAUUGGGCAAACGGGCAGAAUUCUGUAAUAUCCAAUAAAGUGAAUCAGUAUAAAAGAUUU